UUCCCCAGCAAAGCUUCCUCCUCCAACCUCGGCUGCCCCCCGCCCCCGGGCCCGGCGACCUUUCUUUAAGGCUUUUCGGGUCUCUCAGAAGAGCCACACGCAGGUGCUCGGAGACGCUACUGGAGAAAGAGAGAAGCGCUACCGGAGUAACUGUGCGUGAGCGCCCCGGGGCGGGCCCCGGCGGGAACACUCUCCCAGGCUGGCUGGAGCGCGGGGAGGGGCCCGGCGGGGCUGUCACUUUCCACGGGGUGUGUGACCCGCUCGGGUGCCAGUUGGAGAGGCUCCUUCACUUUGGCGAUUGCUCCACAGCCAUGUCCGAGAUCUGGGUUCUCUGGCCACUGAUAUUUACCUCCAUUGCUGGACCAUUGUCUAAAGGUGAUAAUGCCCAUGUGGCUGAUAGCAACUCUGAGAUGCUGAAACUGAGUAAGAAUAUUACUAAAAAGGAGAGCUGCGUUGAAGGCCUGCAUCGUGAGCACAAAUUUUGUUGUCAGCCGUGUCCUCCUGGCAAACGGAAAAAUGAUGAUUGCAAAAUCGAUGGAGGUGAACCAGAAUGUGUGCUCUGUGCAGAGGGGGAGGAGUACACAGACAAGCACCAUCAUUCUUAUAACUGCAGAAGAUGUAGAGUUUGUGAUGGAGAACAUGGCCUAGAAGUGGAAAAAAACUGUAUCCGGACCCAGAAUACCAAGUGCAGAUGUAAACCAAACUUUUUUUGUAACGUAUCUCUGUGCGAACACUGUAACCCUUGUACCACGUGUGAACAUGGAAUCAUUGAGAAAUGCACACCAACCAGCAACACCAAAUGCAGAGAAGUGUUCCAAUCUACAGGAUCCAGAUCUAACUUACACAGUUUAUGGGCCCUCCUGAUCCUCAUUCCAAUAUCUGCACUAAUAUACAGGGAGGUGAAAAGACGGCGCAGGAAUAGAAAGAAUGGUCACCAGAAAUCUGUAGCCUCAAAUACUGAAAUGAUGCCACUGAAUUUCACAGACGUUGACUUGGGAAAACAUAUCAUUAGUAUUGCUGAACAAAUGAAAAUAACUGAAGUUAAAGAAUUUGUUCGGAAGAAUGGUAUGGAGGAAACUAAAAUAGAUGAGAUCAAGCACGACAAUCCCCAAGAUACAGCUGAACAGAAGGUCCAACUGCUCCGUAAUUGGUAUCAAAGUCAUGGGAAGAAAGAUGCAUAUUGCACUUUGAUUAAAAGUCUCAGAAAAGCCAAACUUCAUGCUCUUGCAGAGAAAAUUCAAGAUAUAGUCCAGAAGGACAUUACUAGUGAACAUGAAAAUGCAAACUUGCAAAAUGAAAAUGAAAGCUUGGCUUAAAGUGAAAAACAACUAACUCAGUUCUGAGAAUAUACUAAAGAAAGAUUAAUGUUUGAAUAAGUUCUGGGUAGCUGCAAGCUGUAAAUAUUGCUUGGCUUUUUUUUUUUUACUGGGUGUCUUUUCUUUUUUCAUUUAUUAGAUUUGUAGAGCUAAUAUGUUUACAGGCUUUGAGCAUCUCAUGAUUCUGCCUUCAAGGAAGUUUAAAAUCUAGUUGGGAAGAUGGACACAGUUAAGAGUAAAUACAGGGGCAUGUUAAGUGCGCAAAAAAGAGCGUAUGCAAAGGACAAAAGAUUUGAGAUCAUGUUCAAGUAUCUAACAUGUGAUUCUGUAAGUAUGAAUGUAAUUAACAUAUGUAAAUACAAAUGCCUAUCCACAGGCUGACCUCAUUCCAUAAAUCAGUAGAUGUGAUCUUUUGUUGUCAUGUCACAAUCAACUGCCUCUAAAUUACCUCCCCAGCUCCACUGAUAAUUCUAGAGAUUUUACCAUAUUUGUAAAUUUUGUUUACAGCUUUGAGAGGAGCAUACUCAGGGAAAGCUUGCACAUACAUCUGAAUGCAGAAUUUAAUAAGGUUCUACCUCAAAGGUCUUUGCAUAGAUUACUGGCAUUUCAUGGUGAAAUAUUUCAAUUUUGAAUUCACAUAGAAAAUGCAGACUCAGUUAUAAUGCUUGGCUAUUUUAUAUUUGCUCGUCACUUUGGAUCAAAAUAAUCCACUUCUUUCUCAGGUGUCAAAACAUUUUGAUCAGGAAAGAAUUACUAGAUCAUUGGCACCUCUCCAUUUGCUCCUUGAUGUGCGUCUUGGUGGCCUGUGCACCCCCAGACUUGGAAGGACAGCCUAAGAAACACUUAACUGAUUCACGCAAAGCUGGGACUGCCCUUGGAAACACCUAGCUUAGUUUGGAGAGACUAACUGCUCUUACGGAAGGUAGCUUUGCGGCAUAGCAUGAACCCAUGUCUACCACCAAAGCUGAUAAGGUAGAUUCUUAUUUUGCUCCAUCCUCCACAAAAUGUUCAGUAACUCCUCAUGUGUUCUCUCUUGAUGCGAAGGCAGCUUAUACAUAGCAAAAGUGAAAUCAUAUCAGGUUUCAGGAAUUGCUCUUGUUAUUUCCUGUAGCUUCUUAGACAAACAAGCCCCUCUCCCCACUACCACUUCCUUACUUUUACAUUUAAACACUUUCGAAAGUUUAUACGAAAUGUGAAUGUUAAUAAAUACUAUUAAUAUUUAUAUAGUUGUAAGCUAAAGACAUUUAUAAGCUGAAACAGAUACUCAGAACUACCUAAAGAGCUUCCAUUGAUGGAAGGUGUUUUCCUCUUAUGUUUGGAAAUAGAAAAUAUAGGUAAAACUAUUUAAUUAAAAUCAUGUUUUUGGUAUCUCUGGUUAUCUCUUUUUUUGGUGGGGG